AGGCUUUUUUUGCAAUUUGGCAUUUAAUUUUACUGUUUUAUUGUAAACAAACUGUGCUUAAUUAUUAGUGAAUGGCGAGAUUGGAGAAACAAUUAAGAAAUUGAUGGAAUUAUAUAAGAGUUGCACUUUAAGCUACACAUGCCACAUGUUCGUUGAGGUGAAGUACGAUAGAUAACUCGAACUCAUUUGUUAAUGGUGUUAGUUAUAAGUUAAAGUUAAUCUGAGUUGUGUGGUGCGGUGUUACCAAACCAAUUGUAUUUAAUAGUGUUGCAAAGUCGUUACAAAAUUAAUACAAGGAAGACUAACGCCAGCAGUUGAAAUGAAAUAUUUUGAAGCUGAUUAAAGUGCAUUAACUUAUUAUUGGUAUCGCUAUAUUGGUUCAUUGACUGAAUAAAACUGUCUGCAGUAGUGGAUAUUAUGUACAUACAUGCAUAAUCCAUACUAAUGAGAGAUACUGAUUUACUAUGCAUGGUUGAUUUUAUUUAUUCUGACUUAUUUUAGUAGACUGUUCAAAUCCGGCCCGGUCAUACACAAAUAACAGAAAUUGAUCUCCCAAGCACGCUAAAACGCCAAAUAUUACUUGGCGUUGCUGCUGCCGAUGAGAAAGAUGCCACACAAAGUGGAUAAUACUCUGGACCCAUCUCCUCCAGCCAAUUCGAAACAGUCGGGUGCACCCAGUUCCCUCCUUUAUAAUGGUUCCAGAUUCCAAGGACACCAAAAAUCCAAAGGGAACAAGUACGAUGUGGAAGUAGUCCUUUUGCAUGUCGACGAAGACAAAGGGUACUUGUGCGGAUAUCUCAAAAUAAAAGGGCUUACCGACGAAUAUCCCACCCUCACAACAUUUUUCGAUGGAGAAAUCAUUAACAAGAACAAUCCUUUUCUAACCCGAAAAUGGGAUGCGGACGAAGAAGUCGACCGUAAACAUUGGGCAAAGUUUAGUGCUUUCAGCCAUUUCUCAAAAACUUUCAACUCUGAUACCUUUGACUGUGAAUCCCUCAAGAGGUCAGACUAUGUCUUUAUGCGGUGGAAAGAGCAUUUUUUGGUUCCGGAUCACACCAUAAAAGACAUCUCGGGGGCAAGCUUUGCCGGCUUCUACUACAUUUGCUUUACCAAAUCAGAUUCUACAAUCGAAGGAUAUUACUAUCAUCGAAGUUCAGAGUGGUUUCAGUCCCUAAAUCUCAAACAUAUACCUGAGAAAAAUGUCCAAAUCUACCAAUUUAGGUAAAAUGUGUUACAUACUUAUUGGAGCAUUAGGUAUACUUUUAAGUUAUUGACUGAUCAACGCAUAUUGAUUGAUCACUUUGAGCCUAGGAUAAUUAAUAUUUGUACUGACUAAGUAAGACUACGUCCAAGUCGAGAUGUAUUUUGAACUAAUCGUAAGAUUUUUUAGGCGAAAAUAACGCCUAAAUCACUCAACUGGCGACGGUUAGAGAUACCGUUUACGACCAUUUACAACUACACUACAAAAGUUCUUGUCAUUUAAUACGUUUGUGGUGACGAAGUCGUCAGAUUGCUUUUCAUGGUGUCAAUUUGACAGUCAAGUGGCAUGUUUGCUUCCUAAAGCUACAUACAAAUUAAUAUUCACAACUUGGAGUUGAAUAAGGUAGCUGUUUGCAUAAUAACAAUUUUUUUACGUACUAACAAGCUUAUUGUUCUAAAUGUUAAGUUUUCCUAUCCGUUUUCAUUUUACAUUUACAUUUAUUGCUACUGCAAAACUUUAUAAUGCUACGCGUUCGGUGACUCUACUUCCUCCCGGUAAUGCCUUCCAUUGUUAAAUAUCGUUUUACAAACAAAACCUAAUCAUAUAAUUUGUGUUUUUUAAAAUACUUUUCUCGAUAUUAUAUUUAUCUACCAUGGAAUGAGUCCAAAUGGGACAAGGGAUGCAAUUGAUACCAAAGUUUAGACGAUAAUUCUUAAAAAUACUUGAUUUGUUUGGUUGUGAUUCUAGUUAUAAAUGUAUUUAUGAUAUCGGAAAAGUUGCCGUUGUUUUUAGUGAAAGUGAGUUUGAUUUGACUGAAAAUAUUUGAAAAUUGUGGUACGCAGAUAUUACUAAAUAUGAUAAUACAUGUUAUACAGUUUAGUUAGUUAGUAUUUUAAUUUAUUGAAUUGGAUUGACCUGGAGAGCUUUAUGUAGCUACCUCAGAUUGUAAUGUUGUUGCAACACCAAAAUUGUUUAAAUUAUCAUGUUAGUUAAUACCUUUAAGCCAAAGCUGUCAAGUGCUACAUUUCGAAUACUCAAUUGACUUGAGUAUUGAUUUUAACAGGUUUUGUGCUACUGCUACAUAACUUAUGACGUUGAUAAAAUAAAUGUACCCAAAAAUUAUG